AUGGAUGACGUUGGUGCUGGUGUUCUAGAUGCAAGGUACAACAUGACAGGGACCUACAGUGCUUGGCUCACCAAAGUGAAAGGAGAGGGCGCAAAAGCACGUUGGCUCUCCAGCACAACAAAGAGAUACUUUACGAUUGAUUUCACUUCGCAGCUCUUCUUCUACGCUCAAUCUGAGAGCCAAAAGACAGUUUCACAUCCUAUUCGGUUCAAGGACAUCGUUUCUGCAGACCAGCUGCCGGAUGCAGGGUCGAAGAGCGAGCAUCCGUUUGGCUUUUCCAUUCUGACAGCAGAAAGGACCUAUGAACUCUUUACUCAUUCCUAUCAGGAUGCUGAACUCUGGGUCUCUGCACUCAAUGCGGCCCGGGACAUUGCCAAUGGGAAGGUGCCGGGGCAGGCACCGAGCUCAACAAGACACAGCCACGAGUUCUCAAGGCCUCUGGGAGUGUCCUCACUUUCGACGUCUACGUCAGAUUGCGGGGGCGAUCACAGACUUGAAGAUGGCCGGGCACCUUGGGAACCUCCACCAGUCACAACGAGGUGGACACAACCGGCACCGGUCCAGCAGGAGUUGGCUGCGCCGCCGCCACCGCCUGUGGACCCCUUUGCCGCCCUCGAUGCCUUGGAGGAAUUGGCUGGUCCAGCGCCUGAAGAUUCCGCUGCAACUCCCGUAGCACCUGAAUUACAGGGAGAGCUUCUGAAAGAGGCCCGCGCAAGAGUCACGGGUGCACUGACCUCAAAACGGAGCCUUCAGGAGAUAGAAGCUGCUGUGGCACCACCUCCAUGGCGCCCAGAGGUGGAAUACCAUGUGACAGAAGUGGCAGAGGACGAAGCUCCCCGGGCGCCUUUCGCGUCAUCUCCAGAUGUGGUCAUGGCAGACGUGCCGUUGUCCACGGUGGCGGCCUUCGUGACGGGCGCGGCACCAGAGCCAGCCGUUGGCGCCGUUGGCAUGGCGGGUAUAGCGCCACCUGCGGGCAUUGGCGGCAUUGGCGGCAUUGCGCCCCCAGCAGGUAUGGGAGGCAUUGCCCCGCCAGCUGGCUUUGGAGGAUUUGGUGAGGAGCAUCGGGCCUUGGCAGCUGCAUUGCCUGCACCCGCUGCUGCACUCGCUGCACCUGUGCCCAAUAUGGAGAUGGCACCAUCUCCACCUGAAAACAAUCAGGAGUCCUGGGACGAUCCUCCGGUCGCAUCUGCUCCCCUACCACCACAGGCACCUAUACCUCCAUCCUUUGGUGAUGGAAAUCUGGAAGCUGCUGGAGAUCUCGAGACUUUGUUGAAAUUGGAAGCUUGUUAUUGGAGCAUUUCCAUUGCAUUGGUUGAGGAGGAGAAGGAGAAAGAGAAGGAGAAGGAGAAGAAGGAGGAGAAAGAGAAGGAGAAGGAGAAGAAGGAGGAGGAGGAGAAGGAGAAGGAGAAGGAGAAGGAAAAGUAUAAGAAGAAGAAGGAGGAGGAGGAGGAGAAGGAGAAGGAGACGGAGAAGGAGAAAGAGAAGGAGAAAGAGAAGGAGAAGGAGAAGAAGGAGGAGAAAGAGAAGGAGAAGGAGAAGAAGGAGGAGGAGGAGAAGGAGAAGGAGGAGAAGGAAAAGUAUAAGAAGAAGAAGGAGGAGGAGGAGGAGGAGAAGGAGAAGGAGAAGAAGGAGGAGGAGGCGGAGGAGGAGGAGAAGAGGUUUUUCCGCAACAACUACCCAAACAUUGAAAGACUCAGGUGCAAUGUCACUUCCAUUUGGAUUGGGCAAGAUGCCAGUUCAAUGAUCACUCGCAAAGUCAAAGACUUUCGCCGGGUGAAGGCCCCUUUCUCGGGAAACAUCAUGGGCUUCCAUAGCUUAGCGACAUCGAAAAACAGACCAGAGACAUCCGGUGAAGAUGAAACGCGAAGCACGAAGCAACUUGAAAGUCAAUCAGACUCUGAAGAUGAGGAGGACAGCAAAAAUGCUGUUUUCUCUAGCUGCAAGCUUUGCUCGCGAAACCGCGAGCUGGUCAAGGUGCUCUUGGCUUCCGGCCUGCAGAUGGCAUCAGUUUCCUUGCCAGAGACCUUUGUGAUUGCACUGCUGCGUGCAGAAAUCUGGGGUCACAAUAUGUCGUCCUACAUGGCGUAUGCAGCCAUUGGAAUCAAUUCUGUGGCAGUGAUCUUUGGAGGCCCAUUUGGCCGAUUUAGCGACUGUGUCGACCGACGAUUGGCAGCAGCUGUAUUUGCCAUUGGCACUUUCGCUCCAACCUGGUCAUUGCUCAUCUUUGGCUACACAACUGCAAAGGCACUUUGGAUCAGCACCAUCGUCAAGGUGUUGGGCUCCUACGGUCUCACCAGUAACGUCAUGCUUGCCUUGAUCAAUGAUGUGACACGUGUCGAGGACCGAGAAGAGGCAGUAGGCCUGUACUACGCGGCGAACAAUUUGAUGAGCCUCACGAUGACUGGCAUACCGGUGCUUCUGGUAUUGAUAUUGCGGGUUAUUCCAAACAACCCGACCAUCUUCUUGGUUGUGCAGGUCGUCCUCAGUACCCUUUGCCUUCUUCUACUAUGCUCAGUCAGGUGGAAGCGCAAAGAAAUCAAUUCAGAGGAUGACAGCAGCGACGACGAAGACGUAUCCAGAGCAAGGGUUUGCGAAGCGACGGGGUCUACUUCCGAGGCUCCAAAGAAGACCUGCAAAGCUUGGGUUGGAGAUCGCAUUCGCCGCACGGUCAGGCAGUUCAUCCUUCCUGUCCGCCUUGCGUGUGGGAAUCGCCGCCUAAGAAGACUAUGGUGCGCUGGCUUCAUGCUGAUGUUUGCUGGUCAGCUGGUGAUGGACAUUGGUGGGCAGUACUUCAACCAAUCCAUGGACCUCAUACCCUAUGGCACAAAGGAUGAACUCACAACCGUGGCUGUUCUAACGAUGGUUCCAGGGCAGCUCUUGGCUAUCCCAGGAAACCUGAUCACGGGGUACCUUUCCAAACGUGGGGGACCGCUCUAUCUUUUGAGACGACUUGUGCCCAUCGCCUCGAUCUUGGUGACCGUGGGUGCCUUUAUGGCCCAGGUGCAGCAGUUCUGGUUCAUUGCGGUGACAGUGAUUUGUUUGAACUACGCUGGUCUGCCCAAUGUGCCAUUGAUGCGCUUGGUGUCUGGGCUGGCCCCUCCUGGUCGUGUUGGCGAGUCCUUGAGCGCAAUCGGCAUAGCAGCACAACUAGCAAGCCUCAUUGGCAAUGCUGCAGUGGUGGUCAUCAACCACCACUUGAUGGGAACGGCCAUGGCGAAUCCGCUGUGGAUCUAUUACCCUAUUUGUGGCACACUGACCCUCAUGGCAAUCCUGCCGAUCCGUGGGACUCCUUAUGGUGGCUGGGGUGCUGCUUCAGGCAUUCGCCAGGACCAGUGGGUUGCCGUGGUCUUCGCACAUGUGGCGCAACAGCGCUGGCGCAAAGAAAUAGCCAGGCGGAAGGUCAUUCUGCACUUCGUCCAUCCUUUCUCACACUAG